AAAAUUCCGUUGUUUUGUAUUCGAUUUUCGCUCGCUCCUCUUUUUCUUGCUUUCUAUUUUCCCGGAAAAUAUCCAUCUCGAUUUUGCCGGAAAAAGCACAAAAUGUUGAGCGCAGGAUAGCUGUCCUAUCUCAAUUUGGGUUUUCUUCAUGUAUCAAAAGCAAACAUCCUUGUCUUCUGUUUACGGACUCUGUUAGUUCUACAUGUUGCAUGUUGAAUUUGAAGAAUUGCUUUUGUACCAGAAGGGUAGUUUUCAUUGUGGGUGUCAAGAUACUUCACAUUGUCUGGAAUAUACUUCAAAUCAAGGGAAGACCACUUGUUACAACUGAUUCUAAGUUUCUGGUGAAUGGGUUUGUUGGAUAUUGUAUGUUCUUCGAUAUUUCUUUUUACACUUGUCGAGUCCACUAGCAGAUCAGGGAAUAUGUGGCCAGUAAUUGUUGGUGUGGAAUCUACAGAAACUGUCAGCUGGACAGUUAUCAGUUCAAGUAUAUUUGUGCUUGUUGCUGUUGUUCUCUCCAUAUGUCUAAUACUCGAGCAUUUAGCUUCCUAUAAUCAGCCUGAGGAGCAGAAGUUUUUGAUUGGUCUCAUUUUAAUGGUUCCUGUUUAUGCAGUGGAAUCGUUUUUGUCACUAUUGGAUUCCAGUGCAGCAUUUAACUGUGAAAUCAUCCGGGACUGCUAUGAGGCUUUUGCAUUAUAUUGCUUUGAAAGAUACUUGAUAGCUUGCUUAGGUGGUGAGGACAAAACAAUUCAAUUUAUGGAAAGUAUGAGCCUAACAGACUCCAGGACUCCUCUCCUGGAAGAAUCAUAUGCGUAUGGCGUUGUAGAGCAUCCAUUUCCCUUAAAUUGCUUCCUAAGAGAUUGGUAUCUUGGCACUGACUUCUAUCAAUCUGUGAAAAUUGGCAUCGUGCAAUAUAUGAUGCUGAAAAUGAUCUGUGCAUUGCUGGCAAUGAUCCUCCAAUCUUUUGGGGUUUAUGGAGAGGGGAAGUUUGAAUGGAAAUAUGGGUAUCCUUACUUGGCAUGUAUUCUUAAUUUUAGUCAGUCAUGGGCCCUAUAUUGCCUUUUACAGUUCUAUUCUGUCACUAAAGAUAAAUUGGAGCCAAUCAAACCAUUGGCAAAGUUUCUAACUUUUAAGUCAAUCAUCUUCCUGACAUGGUGGCAAGGUGUGGCUGUUGCAAUUCUUUUUUCUAUGGGAGCAUUUAAAGGGUCACUGGCUCAGGAGCUAAGAACACGUAUACAAGACUAUAUCAUCUGUAUAGAGAUGGGCGUUGCUGCUGUUGUGCAUCUUUAUGUCUUUCCUGCAGUACCUUACAAAAGGGGAGAGAGGUGUGUCCGCAAUGUAGCGGUGAUGGCUGACUAUGCAUCACUAGGGACACCUCCUGAUCCUGCAGAAGUUCGAGACUGUGAGCGCUCAACUAGAAUGCGGAUGGGUCGAAAUGAUGAGAGAGAGAAGCGUAUGAAAUUUACCCAUAAUGUUCGUGAUGUGGUUGUUGGAAGUGGUGAAAUUAUUGUUGAUGACAUGAAAUUUACAGUUUCACAUGUGGUAGAACCCGUUGAAAAGGGUAUUGCGAAGAUAAACAAAACCUUCCAUCAGAUAUCAGAAAAUGUGAAACGUCAUGAGGAGGAGCGGAGGAGAAGCCCCAACAAGGUCAAGGAUGAUAAUUACCUUGUUCCCCUGCGCUCAUGGAGAACGGAAUUUUCUGAUGCUCAUGAUAAACUUGUGGAAGGAAGUGUCAGUGAUAGUGAUUUGCCCAGUGGAAAGAGACAACAUCUCCAAUCGAAAGCCUUAGCCUCCAGGAUGAGAAGAUAGUAUUCAACAGCUCAACAACGUAAAUAGUUCUGCACGUAUAAGAUAGGAAAAAUCUUUUAGAUUUUGACGUCAAAUUUUACAUUAGAUAUAAUGUAGAAAAGUUUCACACACGAAGUUCAAAUUGAACUCAAAUACAUGUCAAAUCAAAACCAAAAAAUGAUAGGUGUAAUUUCUCACAAAUGCAUUUGAGACUGAAGUAAUUUGAAUGAUAGUUAAAUGUAGAGCCACGAAUUGGAAAGUGGCUAAGAAGUCAAGUGAAUGACCGUAAUUUAGUACAGAUACAUUAAAAGUGCCAGAGUUGGGCAUUUCAUCGUGGCAAAAUUAUACUGAUCUUAAGCCACCAAAGUCUGAUUACAUUCUGGCUAGCGUUCCAUGGUGGAUUGCUAAUGCUUUUAUU